GCUCUCCUGUAUUGAUACCUCAUGAGCAACGUCACACAUUGCGGCCUGCGUGAUCUCUUCGCUAUAAAUACCACCCUUCACCCUCUGUGCUGGGAUCCAAGAACCCUUCUCAUUUCUGCUUUAGUUGAUUCGGUCGUCUGAGGUUUUCUUGAAAAACAGCUUCUGAAAAUGGCGAAAUCACCCGAAACAGAGCACCCAGUUAAGGCUUUUGGAUGGGCUGCCAGAGAUACAUCUGGCUCCUUUUCUCCUUUCAAGUUCUCAAGAAGGGCCACUGGUGAGCAUGAUGUGCAGUUCAAAGUUAUGUAUUGUGGUGUUUGCCAUUCGGAUCUUCACAUGGUCAAGAAUGAGUGGGGAUUCACCCAGUAUCCUAUUGUACCUGGACAUGAGAUUGUGGGAAUAGUAACUGAGGUAGGUAGCAAGGUGGAGAAAUUCAAGGUUGGGGACAAAGUCGGCGUUGGAUGCCUGGUUGGAUCAUGCCGCGAAUGCGACCAAUGUGCUAGCGAUCUUGAAAAUUACUGCCCCAAACAAAUACUUACAUACAGUGCGCCUUACACUGACGGAACCAUCACCUACGGAGGUUACUCUAAUCUCAUGGUUGCCGAUGAGCACUUCGUUGUCCGUUGGCCUGAGAAUUUGCCCCUCGACAUUGGCGCUCCUCUUCUAUGUGCUGGUAUUACUACUUACAGCCCGUUGAGGCACUUUGGACUUGACAAGCCGGGACUGAACGUUGGUGUCGUUGGUCUUGGCGGGCUUGGUCACGUAGCCGUAAAAUUUGCCAAGGCUUUUGGGACUACGGUGACGGUUAUUAGUACUUCUUUGAGCAAGAAGAAGGAAGCGAUUGAAAAUCUUGGCGCAGACAAGUUUUUGGUUAGCCGUAACCCAGAGGAAAUGCAGGCUGCAGCUGGAACCUUGGACGGUAUCAUUGAUACAGUCUCGGCAACUCACGCAGUUGCACCAUUACUGAGUUUGUUAAAGCCCCACGGGAAGCUUAUCUGUGUUGGAGCUCCAGAAAAGCCCCUUGAGCUACCCGUUUUCUCCCUGAUCAUGGGGAGGAAGUUGAUAGCUGGCAGUGCAAUUGGAGGGUUGAAAGAGACGCAAGAGAUGAUUGAUUUUGCUGCGAAGCACAACAUACUACCAGAUGUGGAGAUUAUCCCAAUAGAUUAUGUGAACACAGCAAUGGAGCGUCUUUUGAAAUCCGAUGUCAAGUACCGGUUCGUCAUCGACAUUGAGAAUUCAUUAAAAGCGGAGUAAGAUUCUUGCAACUGUCUGGGACCGCAAUAACAGUUUUUGCAGCAUAUCUUGGAUUCUCGAGAUACUUUCAUCGUCUUUGUUCGACUGGUGCUCAUGCUUUUCUUUCUUAGUUUCAUCCGCUGCUUUAGAAUAAUGAGUGGCUGACGGAAGUGAUCGUCAUGUUGUUAUCAUGCUUGCCGUAUUUUUGUGGUGAUCAAUGUAUACGGCAAUUGUAUUGUUAAUUUGCAUCGUGAAAGGGAAAUAUGACUUACAUAAGCCGCUUGUUGUUUGCCUUGCA